GGCAGUUGAAGGCAGUAACCCCGCCUUUGCCAGUUAAGUGCUAAUUUUAAUACACAGAAAAAGACCUGUAAUGGGCAAACGGCGCAGCGGAUCCGGGCAAGGGGUGUGGAAAAGGGUCGAAACCAUUGAAGAGGGGAAAAAAACAGCAACGCCUGCAGCUCUGACAUCUUGUCUACAACAGUGAACAAACAUGGCCGCAGGUGUGGACAACAGUCAAAAGAAACCAGAAAAACUACUGAACUUCCUUCACAGAAAAGAGAAUUGAACUACACCAACAACCUUUAUGACCUUUACCUCCCAGUUUUGGGAUCAAUCCUUGGAAUUUAUGGAUGUGAAAGUUUAUAUCGAAGAUGUUCGGCUGUUAACAUCCGGAUUUAGGCAUUCAAGCUCAAGUGUAGAUUAAUGGAUAGGGGAUACCCCAAAAAUCUAAUUGAUCAAGCCCUUGAGAAAGUUAAGAAAAUAGAAAGACGCACAGUCCUCUCAAGCAAGCAACAUAAAAUUUUGUAUAUUUUAUGUCUCACACGUAGUGGGUGGAUACUAUUUAAUAGGUAAACGAGCAACAGGAAGCUGUCACCGGGGCCUGAUGAAACGCUGAAUGGCGUGAAACAGUGGCUGUCGUCCAGGUGCCUCCUGACUCUCACCUCUGCUCGUAUCUUGGGGAAGAUGUUACAUCUAUGUUCUGAAUGAACUUUGAAUAAAUCGUUGCAGCAGGAUCUUCAGCAAGAACGAUUCCCAAUAUGUCUUGAAAAUUGUUUGAGAAGUACAUGGCAGACAACGGCACCCUUAAUGUAUUGCCAGCAGGAAAACAUGAGUUUCCCUUCACCUUUCAGCUGCCUGAGAACUUGGUGACCUCCUUUGAAGGAAAGCAUGGGUGUGUUCGCUACUGGGUCAAAGCAAAACUGCACCGUCCAUGGUCAACGGUCAAGAAAACAAAAAAGGACUUUACAGUGAUUGAACCCAUUGAUAUCAACACUCCAGACCUACUGGCGCCUCAGGCUGGUACUAAAGAGAAGAUUGCACACGCCUGGUACAGCAACCUGGGACAAGUCUCGGUCACGGCCAAGAUUGACCGGAAGGGAUAUACUCCAGGUGAAGUAAUCCCAAUUUUUGCAGAGAUUGAUAAUUGUACCAGUCGAACAGUUAUGCCUAAAGCAGCCAUAAUACAGUCUCAGACUUUUAUUGCUCGUGGUACAUCAAAACAGAAGAAAUCUGUAGUAGCGACAAUGGCUGGGGAUGCUGUGCCUGCAGGAAAGCGAGAGACUUGGCAUGGAAGAGCCUUGAAAAUCCCUCCGCUUGGACCCUCCAUUAUACAGUGUCGAAUCAUUCGAGUGGAAUACUCUUUGAAGGUGUGUGUAGAAAUCCCUGGUUCCUCAAAAUUGCUAUUAGAACUGCCAUUGGUUAUUGGAACCAUCCCACUCCAUCCUUUUGGGAGCCGAACAUCUAGUGUGGGUAGUCAGUACAGUGUUAAUCUGGACUGGCGGUACUUGACUGCCCCAGAGCAACCAGAACCUCCUCCUGAAUACUCGUCUAUUGUGUCAGAAGAAGAGGUUCAAAACCGCCUGGCACCUCCACGCCAUGCCAGUAUGGGCUGCAUUCUAGAAGGGCCAUUUUAUGCCUACAUCCAGGAAUUCAGAAACAGACCUCCUCCUCUCUACUCGGAGGUUGACCCAAAUCCACCCACUUUAGACAUACGUCCUCGUUGCAUGACCUGUUGAAGAAUGAUCAAAAAGCAGAGUUGUAUCUACAUUUUUCAUUGAAAGCAGAUGAUUCUUCCAAAGAAAGACUGCCCCCGCCCCCAACAACUGUCUAUAAGGAUUGUUGUCAUUACAUCUCUCGCUGGGACUGAAGGGCGAUUCAAGAGUGCAGGAAGUCUUUGUGUCUGGGAUCUUUGUGAUGGUACAGAGUUUACCACCCAGCUAGUCUGUGGGGUGGCUCCCUGAAGUAAUUCUCAUGCAGGGACUGAAGUCGGAUGAUCUAAUAACCACUGAUGGUUCUCUGGGCUCUGGAGGCUGGAGAGAAUUUAAGGUUCUGGUGUCUCGCUCUAUGCAUGGUCUCAAGAUGGUAUUUUUCCCAUUUGUUUUCCAAUGCCAGAAUCCAUGUAAUUUUAGAGUUGUGUUUUUUUUUUUUUUUUUUGUCUGGUAAAAUGUAAUAUUAUGCAAGAUUUGUUAAGCAUAAUCAUCAUAUUCUAGCCGAGACUAUCUGACGAAACCAAAAUCUGUUUCACAACCCCUUGCUGUAUACGGAGUGCUACGGCCAUUGGGCCAUUUCUUGCAGUCAGACUUGCUGCGCUAGAAAUGUUUACUUAUAUAUUUAUACAUUUUACAUGGCUGGCAUUCAAAGGGGUAGUCCAGUGGUGAAAAACGUAUCCCCUAUCCUAAGGAUCAGGGAUAAGUUUGAGAUCGCUGGGGGGUCCGUCCGCUGAGGCCCCCUGCGAUCUCUCUGUACGGGGGCCAGGCUCUCCGCCAGAUAGCUGGUGUCGACCACCUCAUGAAGCUGUGGCCGACACACCCCCUCAAUACAUCUCUAUGGCAGAGCUGGAGGUUGCCGAAGGCAGCGCUCCGGCUCUGCCAUAGAGUUGUAUUGAAGGGGGCGUGUCGGCCGCCGCUUCGUGCGGAGGUCAACACACCCCCUUCCUGCGGGCUGUCGGGGUGCCGAACAGGAGAUUGCGGGGGGCCCCAGUGGUCGGACCCCCCGCGAUCUGCAACUUAUCCCCUAUCCUUAGGAUAGGGUGUAAGUUGUUCACCACUGGAUAUCUCCUUUAAUAAAAUGGCAUCUUAUAGGAUUGCAUAAAUAUUGAGCUCUGUAAAAGAUAUAUAAUAUAAUAUAUUCUAACCUGUGAAAUGUAAAAUUUUAUGUUCGCUAUGAAUGGGGGGGCUUUGUCAAACACUUGGUGCAAAGUUGAUAGAGUUGCGUUAAGGUAAAUUAUUAUUUUUUUUUUUUAAAUGAAGCAUGAAUGUACUUUAUGGAAAUGUGACCAUUUUA